AUGCAGAGGCGCACAUCGCCGCCUCUCAGCACUGCGGUAUCUCUUGCGCUGUGCCGCACCAACGAGCGCGCGCUCUCGCGGCUCAACGUGCCAACGCUGGACCUGAACCACCUGUGCCAAGGAAAUUCCCAGAGCUCCUCUGUGGCGAUGCUGUGCGGUGCCUCCGCGGUGGCUGACGAGGACAAAUUCCCGGGAUUUCGCAGACUCGUUCCCUGUUGA